AUGUUGGCAAAUGGAAAAAAAGAAGCAAUAAUUAAGAAAAUAUUAUCUAGUCUUAUGGAUUAUAAAUUCAAAAGUCUUUUUUCUAAUACUAUAGAUUUUGAGUUUAAAACUGUUUUUAGUGCUAUGAGUUCCAAGUUUUCUAAUCUUAUAAAAUUAGGAUUAACUGACUUUUUGAAUUUUAUAAUGUCUGGUUUUGUAAAUUCUGCAUUACCUGGUCCUAUAAAUUCCAAAUAUAAUAGUAUUUUUUCUAAUCCUAUGAACUCUGAAUUGUCUGAUCUUGAGAAUAUUGAGUUGAACAAUAAUUUGCCUAGUCCUAUAAGUUUUGUGUUAGAUGAUGAUUUGCCUAAUCUUAAGAACUUUAUGUUGAAUAAUAAUUUAACUGAUUCUAAAAACUUUGUAUUGAAUAAUAAUUUGUCUGAUUCUAAGAAUUUUGAGUUAGACAAUAAUUUGCUUAAGAGUUCUGAAUUUGCUAAUAAUCUAUCUAGUUCUAAGAGUUCUGAGUUUCUUAAUAAUUUUUCUAGUUCUGAAGAUUCUGGGUUUAAAGAUAAUAAGAUUAAGAAAUAUGAUGUUGAAACCAGUAGUAUGAUCAAACAUCUAUAUGAUGUUAUCAG